UCCCCCUCGUCACUGAUGCUGCUGCGAGGGGUCAUUGCAGCUUGCCCCUCUGCCCAACACCCCGCCGCGCCUCGCCCACCGCCGGCACUGCAGCUUCCACCCAAACACCAUCGUUGGCGUAGCUGCUACGCCUCAGUGCACUCCUCUCCUACAGUUACUGUCUUUGCCCGACGGGUGAUAACCGCUGUCACUGCAGGUCACCGUAAGUCGCAGGCAGCAGGCGGUGCCACCUCUCACCACGUUGCGGAGAUUUGGAACGGCUCCACAAUGGAGGAUCAUUUUACGUAUGGUCCUCGCAGAGGCCCGUGUGUAGUCUGUGGCCAGGCUGGUACUGCAUGCGCGCGCUGCCGCGUCGCCUUCUACUGUGGCAAGGAACACCAGAAACAGCAUUGGAAACUGCAUAAGCCGACCUGCGGGUGCCUCGAGGUACGUGCCGACGAGCGUGUAGGCCGACACAUCGUGGCCGUUAAGGACAUCCCGAUGCGCACUGUCCUUAUGAGGGAGCUGCCGCUGGUCGUCUACCCUGGAGCCUCAACGAAUCCGCUUGAACCCACGAAGGUGUGCGUCGCCUGCUGUUUGAAGAUCAGUGAAACUGUCCCAUGCGGCCAUUGCGGGGCGCCCCUUUGUAAACGUAGCUGCCCCUAUCUUGAUCGCCACAACAUCGAAUGCGCUGCUUUAACUCGGUCAUCAAUGACAUGUUUUAGUGCCGAGAAGGAGAGUGUAAUCGGCGGAGUUAGGAUUUGGAAGUCAUUUCAGAAGGAAUACGGGCCUCGACUUCUUAAUCUGCAGCAUGAAAUAGCGACCCCAUCGUCUGAAAAUGAAACGGUAAGAGGGUGAAGAGAAAAGGAUCAC